AGAUCCUGUCUGAAAUAAAUGAAUAAGUAUUUAGAAAUGUUUCUUCUUUUGGCAUUAUCUGCUAUAGAUUACUAUCGUUUCUUUUUGUCUACUGUUUUUGAAGGAUAGAACAGCCUGUAGAGCUGUAACUUUUUGUUUUUUAGCUUUUUAUUUGUAAGUUAUUUUAUACUUACAGAAGAGUUUCAAGAACAUGAAUAAUACGAAGAGCACCCAUAUAUCCUUUACUCAGAUUUAUCAGGUGAUGACAUUUUAUUCCAUUUCUGUAACUUUGAAUAAAACUUUACUAGAGACUGGAGGAGGAUAAAAAUACCACAUUAAAAGCAUAACAUUUAACUGCCACUAGAAAUGGCUACUCUUAAAGCACAUUUGCUCAAGUGGGGCACAGUGGCAUGCACCUGUAAUCCUAGGUACUCCGGAGGCUGAAACCAGAGGGUUGGUUGGCCCAGGAAUUUGAAGCCAGCCUGAGUAACAUAGAAAGGCCCAUGUCUAGGAAAAAAAAAUAAAGAAAAAGGGGCAUAUAUUUGCUUAUAUCCAGCCUCUCAGACCAUUCUAGAGCCUUCUCCCUGAUUUGCUUUUUCUAGUCCCAAUGUGGGCAUCUCCAAGCCACGCUUUGGACUACAGCGCUAUUUGAGUUCUGCCACCGUCCCCAACUCAGUGCCUUGCCUUUAGAUAAAUAAGUUUUUUUUCUCUCAUCCUGCUGCUCUCUAAGGCCCAUCUCCUUUCUACCUUCCCCUGAUCCCAGUGCAUUCCCUUCAGGAUAAAGCCUGCUCCUGCACACAAGGACCAGCCAACCAUCAGGAAAGUGUGACAGCACAGUUCCCAAAGCGUGGACUCUUCUGUCUUGAAUGGGUCUAGGAAAGACAAUCCAGGCAAUUGCAGUUGCUUACUUCUAUAAAGAGGAAUGGCCUCUGUUAAUAGUGGUCCCUUCAUCUCUGAGGUACCCUUGGACAGAAGAAGUCGAGAAAUGGAUCCCAGAGCUAAGUCCAGAAGAAAUCCAUGUUAUUCAGAAUAAAGCUGAUGUUAGGAGAAUAUCGACCAGUAAAGUGACAGUUCUGGGUUAUGGUCUCUUAACCACAGAUGCAGAGACUUUGAUAGAUGCACUGAAUAAUCAGAAGUUCAAAGUAGUUAUAGUGGAUGAAUCACACUACAUGAAGUCCAGAAAUGCAACUCGCAGCAAGAUUUUAUUGCCAGUAGUACAGAAAGCCAGACGAGCCAUUCUUCUUACAGGAACACCAGCUUUAGGAAGGCCUGAAGAGCUUUUCAUGCAGAUCGAAGCUCUCUUUCCACAAAAAUUUGGAAGAUGGACCGACUAUGCAAAAAGAUAUUGUAAUGCACACAUCAGAUAUUUUGGUAAAAGACCUCAGUGGGAUUGUAGAGGGGCAUCAAAUCUUAAGGAACUUCACCAGCUAUUAAGUGACAUAAUGAUUAGAAGAUUAAAGACUGAAGUUUUAACCCAGCUGCCCCCUAAAAUCAGACAGCGUAUUCCAUUUGAUCUUCCAUCAGCAGCAGCCAAGGAAUUGAAUACCAGCUUUGAAGAGUGGAAAAAAUUAAUGAGAACUCCAAAUUCAAGUGCCAUGGAGACAGUCAUGGGGUUGAUAACUCGCAUGUUUAAACAAACUGCUAUUGCCAAGGCAGGUGCUGUAAAGGAUUAUAUUAAGAUGAUGCUUCAGAAUGAUUCGCUUAAAUUUCUGGUUUUUGCUCACCAUUUAAGCAUGCUCCAGGCUUGCACAGAAGCAGUCAUCGAAAAUAAGACUCGUUACAUUAGGAUAGAUGGAAGUGUUUCAUCUUCAGAAAGAAUACAUCUGGUUAAUCAGUUUCAAAAGGAUCCUAACACUCGUGUGGCUAUCCUAAGCAUUCAGGCUGCUGGCCAGGGAUUAACAUUUACUGCAGCAAGUCAUGUUGUUUUUGCCGAGUUGUAUUGGGACCCUGGACAUAUAAAACAAGCAGAAGACCGAGCUCACAGAAUUGGCCAGUGCAGUUCCGUGAAUAUUCACUACCUUAUUGCAAAUGGAACUCUAGACACCCUUAUGUGGGGAAUGUUGAAUCGCAAGGCUCAAGUUACAGGGAGCACACUGAAUGGUAAAAAGGAAAAAAUUCAGGCUGAGGAAGGUGAUAAGGAAAAAUGGGAUUUCCUGCAGUUUGCUGAAGCUUGGACUCCAAAUGACAGUUCUGAAGAGUUAAGGAAGGAAGCUUUGUUCACUCAUUUUGAAAAAGAGAAACAGCAUGAUAUUCGAUCAUUUUUUUUACCACAACUUAAAAAAAGACAGUUGAUGACCUCCUGCUAUGAAUCAAAGAAUUUCCAGGAGGAAAAUACUGUAGUGUCAUCAGACCCUACAAAAAUAACUGCAAGAGAUAUCAUCGAUCAUGAAAGUGAUGUUGAACCUGAAACUAAAAGAUUGAAAUUGGUCACCACGGAUGACCACUACAGUCCCUCAGAAGAAACACCAUCUCAGUCCAGACAAAUCAGAACUCCACUCAUGGAAAGUGUCCAGGAGGCCAAGGCCCAGUCAACCACCCCAACCUUUCCUGUAGAGGGCUGGCAAUGUAGUUUCUGCACCUAUAUCAAUAAUUCAGUGUUACGUUAUUGUGAAAUGUGUGAGAAUCCUCAAGGCAGUGCUGAUAGCCUCAACCAUAGCCAGGAUAAAAACAAAAAUGAGAAGGAUGAUUCUCUGAAAGAUACCUCCGAAGUUCAAACUAUCUUAGACUGUGAAAAACAAGUCCUUGCACAGUCAGAACCUGACCAGUUGGCUGACAGCAAGGAAGAAACAUUAAAAAUUGAGAAAGAAGACAGACUUACACCCCAGCCAGGUAAUGAACAGUUGAAGAGUUCAGACACUUUGCCAGUGUAUGACACCUUAAUGUUUUGUGCAAGUAGGAAUACUGACCGGAUUCACCUCUAUACUAAGGAUGGAAAACAGAUGAGCUGUAAUUUCAUUCCUUUGGAUAUAAAAUUAGACCUUUGGGAAGAUUUACCAGCAAGCUUUCAGCUGAAACAAAAUCGCUCUCUGAUUUUGAGGUUUGUUCGAGAAUGGAGUAGUCUAACUGCCAUGAAGCAAGGGAUAAUCAGGAAAAGUGGACAGCUAUUCUGUAGCCCAAUUCUUGCUUUGGAAGAGAUCACAAAGCAACAAACUAAACAAAAUUUCACCAAAAGAUACAUAACCAAAGAAGAUGUUGCUGUAGCUUCAGUGGACAAAGUGAGGAAUGCUGGAGGCCAUGUUCGUCUGAUCACAAAGGAGUCCAGGCCAUGGGAUCCUUACACAAAAAACUUUCUUGAAGAUGGAGCCUGUGUCCCAUUUCUAAGUCCAGACACAGUCCAGGCUGAUCUCACUGGGAAGCCUUCUACAUCCAAAGGCUAUUUACAAGCUGUGGAUAAUGAAGGAAAUCCACUUUGCCUUCGCUGUCAGCAACCCACUUGCCAAACUAAGCAAGCGUGUAAAGCAAACGCUUGGGAUUCACGGUUUUGCUCUCUGAAAUGUCAGGAAGAGUUUUGGAUUCGAUCUAAUAACAGUUACCUGCGAGCCAAAGUAUUUGAAACUGAACAUGGUGUGUGUCAGCUCUGUAAUGUGAAUGCACAAGAACUCUUUUUACGUCUGAGGGAUGCCCCUAAAAGUCAGAGGAAGAAUCUUUUGGAUGCUACCUGGACUUCAAAGCUCCCAUUAGAGCAGCUAAAUGAAAUGAUAAGAAACCCAGGGGAAGGACAUUUCUGGCAGGUGGAUCACAUCAAGCCAGUGUACAGGGGAGGAGGACAGUGUUCCCUGGACAACCUGCAGACUCUCUGCACAGUCUGUCAUAAAGAGAGAACUGCCAGACAAGCUAAGGAAAGAAGCCAGGUGAGAAGACAAUCUCUAGCAUCAAAGCAUGGAUCAGACAUCACACGAUUUUUGGUAAAGAAGUAAAGUAGAAGAAUAUAUGAAUGAAUGACAUAUGGUUUACAUGUGGAAUAAUUUAAUACAAAAUUUUUCCAUGUCUAAUAUAUUGAGAGUAAAAAUUUUCAGAACAAAAAUCAAGAAUUCAAAUUCUGUUGUACUAAUUACUUUUCGUGUUAAAUACAUUUUGAAAAUAUUUAACAGAAACUAAGAUAUGAUACUAAAUAUUUCUGUGGUCUUUUUUAUUGGAUGCAGACUUGCAAUUAUGUUUCAGCAAUGUUUUAAGUUCUUUAUCCCUAAUAUGCCUAAUCAUUAUAUUAUGCAUAGACUGUGUUUAAAAAAUGUACUCUCAAUUACCUGAAAAAUGCUUCUGGAUUAGUAUUGGUUUUGGACUGUCAUAGAUAUGAAUGGAACACUGCAAAACUUUAUGGGAAAUUUCAGAGGCAAAUCAUUAUUCAGGAGUUCUGGGCCAAGCAUGACCAGCCUGCUUAGGAUUCAAGAGAGAUUGUCCGCUAAAUACCUCCAGAAUGACCUUGGGGUACACAUUUUGGGUGUUUCCUUUCUUGCUUUAUUUCUUAGCCAGUCAUCUUUAUCAAAAAUAUCCUUUUCAAAAUGAAGUACCUAACACUAAUGGUGUUUGUGGACAAUUCGGAGGCUCUAUGUAAAGUAAUUUUUAAAACUAUUAAAUAACUGAAACCAUAAAAUGUAAAAUGCCACUUAAGCUUGAUUUUUUUUUUUUAAAGUAUAUGUGCUGCCAAAGAGAACACAGGCCUGAUUUUUUUAGAUCUUUUUUAAAAAAUGAAUAAAACUAGGCUUAUUGUCAAAAUAUUCUUUAUCUUCUGGUUCUCAUAUUCUCCUUUUAAAACCCUGUGUUAUUAAAGGUAUAUUUCUGGUACUUCUUUUAAAAAGAGUGAUGACAAUAAAACACUUUAUAGUAAGGCAUAACCAGAUGGUUAUAUGCAUUUAAAAGUACAAUGAUAAUAUUAAAAUGUAAUUGACAUAAAAUAAGAGUGAUCCUAAAGCAAACCCAGGGCCUAAUCCUGCAAUGUGUCAGAAUCAUGAAAGCAAAGAGUCAGAACUAUACAAAAUACAGGUCCAAGGAAGAAUUGCAUUCCCAAAAGGGACCUGUUUGUAAAUACUAUUAGGAUGUAUACCUCUUUGGUUUGAGCAUUUUCCUGCUUUAAUUAAUAGCAAGUGUUUUACAACAUAAAAGACUUGUUUUUAGAAAGAUUAUAUAAUCAUGAAUUUUCCUUCCAGAGUUGUUCCUUGGUUUCUAUUUCAUUGUAUGAGAUCAAAUCAUGUUGCUUAUUUUAUAAAUGAAGUUGGGCUUUCUUUGGCCUCCAUUCUGCUUAGUUGGUCAGGCUCUUUGCAGUUUUCUGCUUCAUUUCCAAGGUAACCUAGGAUUUGUCAUGGUUGAGAGCCAAGAAGCAGGCACGCUGCCUUUCCUCCAGCAUGGAGUGUUUGCAAGUGUGGUCUAAGUAGGACAGAUUUGAGGGGAACUUGCUCUUCAGAUCACACUAAGGUGAUAAUUCUAAGGAGAAAGUUCUCCUCAGAGGUAAGAACUGUGUGAUGGUUUGAGGUGAAACAAUCCAUGAAGAUAGAUAGGCUCAGUCUACACAAAGUUUCCGAAUUCUGACUAUUUAAAAAUGCCGUAAGGAGCAGUGACCAUUUGCUGUACAGGAUGCUGACUGGCUCAUCCCCAUCCCUUCCUGACAUGUCUCAGAGCUUUGUGUCCUGCCUUCCCCCUAAUUUGGUCUACAUUACUUGUGGGGCACAUUGAGAUGAAGAUUCUGGGACUGAAAGUAAAGAUAGAGAUUGAUCUAAUCACCAAGACCAAAAGGGCAUCUUGAGGAGACUGUUCUUUUCAUCCUCACAAUCUGAAACAGAAGCUGCCCCCUAUGUAUUGCAAAUAGGAGGUUAUGACGGAGGGACACAGAAAGUGUCAGAGCAAGCAGCAGAUCCUGAGUGCAGAAAGAUGUGCAGAUGGCCACCAGGAAGAACUUAGCUGCCGCCAUGCAGGAGAUGGAGAUAAAGUGAAAGACACAGGUAGGUCGAGUGAGUGUAAAAGGAUAGGCCCAGCUCUGAAAAGACUCAGAGAAGUUGCAAGAUACAGUGUAGGCUAAGAAAACAGCAACAAAAAAAGACUCUAUCCAGGUGUGAUGGCACUUGCCUGUAGCCUAGCUACUCAGGAGGCUGAGGUAGGAGGGUCACUUCAGCCCAGGGGUUCAUGACCAGCCUAGGUAACACAGCAAGGCCCCAUCUCAAAAAAGAAAAACAGCUCUGGAUCCAAGUAACAGAACUAGGAAGUGGGAGGUGGGGAAUGAACCAGCUUACGAUACAGAACCAUAUGAAAAUAUAUGCCUGUGGGUAGGGUUUGGGUGGGGAGGACUUGUGGAGCAUGGUGGGCCUUACACACCCAAACCUCGCAUGGCCAGCAUCAGGCUAGCCUGCCUUCCUGUUCCGGUCACUGAGUGACAAUGAUCCCAUACACAUUCUGAUGAUUAAUAAAGUUGCUUUUAGUAGCCCCAGAGCCAGGAAGAAGAAUUCAUAUGGAAUUUUUAAAGAAGCCUACUGUCAGUGUUCACUGCAGCCUAACAUACAUUUCUUGGGGAGAUUUUCUUGGAACAAGUGAAUACCCUCUAUAUUUUCUUAACUGUAUAGGAAAGGACUUUCUGCCCAUACAUCUUGCUAAUAAAUCAAAUCUCUUCUUUAGAUUCUUGAGUGAAACAUUUAAAAUGUAGUUUCUUUAGAAAAAUAAGUAUGAGGCAUUUUAAAUUAUGUCAAAAAAGUCAAUACUCGAGCUCUUUACAGUAAAUAGAUGGGUUGUGUUUACUUAUAGGAUACAGAAUUAUGAAUUUCAAACAUCAAAAAUAAAUUGUGGGAAUAAUAUCUCAUUUUCUGUUACAUAUUACUAGCCUGUUUCUCAUUCCACCAUUUAUUCUUUUGAACUGGAAAACUGUGGGCUCCUAGUCACUGCACUAAUCUAUCCGAAUAUCCAACUACCAGAAAAUGUUUUAUCCCAUCUCAAGUUUGUCAACUGCUUUAUAUUGUUAAGGGUGGUUUUGCCACCCUGGUUGUGUUCAUAUUUACCAUUGAGAAAUGUCAUUGUUACUAAGAAACAUUCUGUGUUCCAACUACCUGCCUCUCUUCCUUAGUAGUUUCUCCUUAAAUCAUUGACUGGAUCUUCCUAGCAGUAGCUUCUAGCUAUUUUCUGGAAACUGGUCUCUGGUUUGCCUUAAAAAUAUUGUUAAUUAUUCCACAUUUGCUAAAGUGUUUGUAUUUCACAGUCUCUCUGCUCUUACACACCUGCCUUCCUGCAACCAGAUGUCAUCAUUAGAUUGGAGAACCUCCAAACACCUAUAACUGUAUAAAGCUCAAGUCUGUUUAAGAAAGAGCCCAACGUCAUUUCAACUUAGCCUCCAAAAUGAGCUAAAGAAAGCACUCUUGUGCAACCUGAACCUAGCAAGUGCUUGGCAUGCGACGUUUACACACACGUGCCACAGACACAGCCCAAUCUUCUUAGUGUAACUCCAGAUUGCUAUGCUUCAGCUUAGAGCCUUUGCAAUCCUGCAAAAAUGUUUUACCUGCCUUCUGCAUAAUACAUUCUUACAGAACUAUGACUUAAUUUAUGUCUUGGCCUUCAUCAAAUUUAUGUCUUGGCCUUCAUCAAAUGGAUAUUUUUUGAAGCCAUACACGAAAUACUGCUAUGCCAUUUUUGUUCAUUUUGCUGUUUUGAAAACUGCUCUUAGGAGGUUUAAGAAGGAUAAUUGCUAAUACCUCUCUCUCCACAUCAAACUGGGAACCAGUUGAGAAAUGAAACACAGAAACCAGACAGAUGAAAUUGACAAUGUGAAUUUUGAGGUUCAUAAAAGAGAAUUAGAAGUCAUGCAUGGAUCUGCAGCACCAGUCAAGCUCUCUAACACUUAGGGCCUCUGUGUUCAACUGGGGCCCUGGGUGACUCCCCUGCAGGAAAGUAAGAGUGAAUCUAUACUGCAGGGCAAGCAAACUUACCCCAAAACCCAGGCCAGCAUCUACUUGACUUCAUCUUGGGGACAGUGAGAAAAGGAUCUCCAGGCCAAACUUGACAGCAUCUGUCCUCAGCACAUAAAAGCAGUCUGUCCUAUAGACAGGCUGAUCAGAGAGAAAGGGGAUAGGCAUUUUCAACCUCCAUGGCUUCUCCUAAAUUUGCCAGCGGGGUAAGUCACUCUGCUUCCUUUAGAGAGGAAGGAGUCAGAGGGUAGAGAUAGGCCAAAAAUUUCUUCUUUUAGCAAAACUUGAGGGUGAGGAAGAGGUAUUUCAUGUUGCAUCACUGUAUGCCAUCUUGUGCAUGAUGACAAAGUCAGUUCCUACCCUAUUCCUUGACCUUGGACAUGUGUCCAUUAGUUCUUAAACUCUCCAUGGGCAUUAGAAACCAUCUGCCACCCUGACAUCAAUGUCAGCCCUUUCUCCAGCCUAAUGUGUAUCUCUGUGGCCCAUUUGGUUCCUUGUGCCUGCUGCAGCUUGUAAGUAAGAAUGACUCCUCCUUAGUGUGCCGUAUGCCAGUGUGGUUUCAUAUUAGCAUAUUAGUAGUUAAGUAGAGGUCAGGCACCUGAUUUUGUUCAAAUAAGUCCUGCCAAGGGUGUUUUUGCUUUU